UUGAGCUGGAAAAAACGCUGGGUUGACUGUUGGUGUUUAAAGCUCCAUAAAUCGCUUGUAUAAAAAAUUUACGAGGUCUGUCUGAGGGAUAAGUGGUUUUUAUAUAAGGUGGUAAAGCCAACACUUCAAUCGAAAAAGUUUAAUAAAUGCAGUCGAAUUGAUACUAGGAUGCAGUUACACAUAUGAUACGGUUAUAAUUUAUUAAGGUACCUCAGUAUUUUUUAGAACACAGUAGUAAAUAGCAAUGGUAGAAUUAUACAGGUGUGCUAUAGAUAUAGUAGAAAAAGAUAAUAAAUACAUUCGUUACGGUGUAAGAAUAUAUUUCUACAGAUCUGCCUGUAUUUAGCGUUUAUAGUAGUUGACAAAACACGGCAGCAGAUUGGUUUCGAAACAAAAGUAAAGAUGACAACAGAAAUGGGGAACAUCUCGAUCAACGUGACGUCACCACCACGUUUGCCGUUCGUUCCAACACAGAGCUUGCAAAGUUACCACAUAUCGGUUGCUACAAAUGUUAUUGUAGCGGUUGGAAUGUUCGGCAUUGGAUUGACAACGGACUUUUACAAGAUCUGGUAUUACGUCAAAAGGCCAAAGGCGUACGGCGUAGGAGUUUCGUUACAGCUUAUUAUUGUACCGUUGGUGGCUUGGGCGCUUACGAAGAUAUUCGUGAUGAAUGACAUUCAAGCACUUGGGGUAAUGAUCCAGGGUUGUUCACCUGGUGGAAGUGUCAGUAACGUGGUGAUAUAUUGGUUGGACGGGGUCGUUGACCUCAGUAUCGCACUGACAACAACGACCACUGUUCUUGCCCUUGGUACAAUGCCACUAUGGCUCCUCAUAUUUGAGAAGGGGAAUAACUUGGACAGCUCUUUGCGGAUUCCAUUCAGAGAUCUAGCAAUAACUUUGGGAAGCUUUCUUGGUCCCCUACUAGUUGGAACGUUCUGUUCUUGGGUUUUCAAGAAAAAGAAAGAAACUUCACAAAAGAUAGCAAAGGCUUUAAUCGUUUUAGCGUCAGUUGCCCUCCUUGUAACUCUGAUAGUCAACAGCAUAGUUCAACCGAUCAGUUGGACCUUAACUUGGCAACAGGGAGUCAUUGUGGCAAUAAUGCCACCAAUUAUCUACUUGAUCGGGCACUUGAUUUGCAUGAUUCCUCAACUUAAACUCAACUCCAAAGUUCGCCGCACGGUGGGGAUAGAGAUCGCACUGCAGAAUGUGCGGAUUUGCAUAUCAGUUCUUACCACAACUUUCCUUGCUACAAGACCAAGGAUUUAUGGCCAAAUUGUUCUGUUUCCAAUUCUCUAUUACAUAUUUCAAAUCGGGUACUCGAUAUUGUACGGUGUGGUGUUGCAUGUCGGGCGUCGAUACGGUUUCAUACAACUUGAAGAAGAAGAAAUGAUAGAAGAUGAAUCGGAAGAAAAAAAAAAGGACGAAAAUGAAACGAAAAAAGAUCCUGAAGAUGGAAAAGAGAACCCUGCGUAUGAAAAAGAAGACAAACUGUAAACGAUCCUCUGGAAAUUUAAGUCAAGCACUUACAUAGUUUUUAAAAACAAUUUGUUUUUUAAAGAUCUAAAAAUAAAACUUCCGGUAAGCGAGAUUGAAAAGAGCAUCGAGACAUUCAGCAGUUAGAUCUGCAGUUUUAACACAAAAUUUUUAAGAAGCUGUUUUUAUUUAAUUCAUGACACUUUUGGCAUCUUUAGAUUACGUUUAUGCAUCUCUAUCUAUGUAGAAAUUUUAAAUUUCUGUUAGUAUUUCUAAUAAGGAUUAGAUUAUACCAUGUU